CUUCUUUAGAUUACUCUUCUUCUUCAUUUCUUCCCACGAGGGUUUAUCUCAAUGGCUCUUAACGUGAGCAAGAUUGUUCCUAAGAGUCCAAUUUUAGCAAAGAGUGUUAAUGCCUCAAGAUCUCAAAGAGUUUUGUUAGCGUUUGUUCAUCAUCCUUUAGCUGCUAAAAAGGGUUCAUCUGUUGAAGAGUUAAAGCAAGGUCUUUGUUGUAUAAAGACUGUCACUUUUGUUAGUUCUCGAAGAUCUUCUACAUUAUGCUUUGUUGGAAAAUCCCAAGACACAGAAACUAAUUCUCAAGUUGUACAAAAAGAAGGUGAGAAGCAAGUGAUGCCGAGGAGGAAAAGUAACUCAAGCCAAUUUUUGGUUGAAUAUGUGUCUAAUGAUGCUAAGUUUGUGAAUGAAAGGGCUCGUAAUGAUCUUGUUCUUCUAUCUCGAGGUAUUAUGAGACUUGAUGCUCGUGCACGCCAGGAUGUUGCCAUUCUUGGAUCCGGGUUCCUUAAACUUGAUGCUCGGGCAAGAGAAGAUACAGAGAAAAUAGAUCGUGAUGUCAAGAGAAAGGCCGAGCGCCUUCAUCAUAUUGCUACUAUAUUAAAAAACAUAGCGGAGUCUAAGUUGAAAAAUGCUGCUGAUAAGCAUUGGAGUGAUGGCGCUUUAGAGGCUGAUUUAAGGCGAGCAGAUUUCCGUGCUAAACAACGGGCCAUGGAAGACGCAUUAAUGGCUUUAGAGUUCAUUAAGAACAUCCACGACAUGAUGGUGAACAAAAUGGUUGACAGCUUGACAUCUGAAACCGGUACCACGGAUCGCAUAUCGCUUGAGAAGAAUGGAAUAGCUCUCGGGUUUUUCCCUGGGGAAGUUUCAUCUGAUCGCAUAUCUGCUAUUGAGGAAGCUUACAAGAGUAUGGCAUCAGCGCUCUCAGAAGCCGAUGGAAUUGACUACACUGACCCCGAAGAGCUUGAGUUGUUAGUCACAACUCUGAUUGACCUUGAUGCAAUGGAUGGUAAAAGUAGUGCAUCUCUCUUGGCUGAAUGCUCAAUCUCUCCAGAUGUCAAUACAAGAAAAGCGUUGGCUAAUGCCUUAGCAGCUGCACCGUCAAUGUGGACACUAGGAAAUGCAGGCAUGGGAGCAUUACAGAGACUCGCUGAAGACAGUAACCCGGCGAUUGCAGCGGCCGCUUCGAGAGCGAUCAAUGCGCUGAAGAAGCAAUGGGAGGUAGAGGAAGGAGACUCACUUAGGUUUAUGAUGAACUUCGAGACGCCGAAUGAUGAUGAUGAUGUAGACAGUGACCUUGAUGAGAUCUGAAAAUGAUUUUUCAUGUAAACGAAGAUGAAGUUUGUAGAUAAUUUUCAGUGAACUGUAGUGUUACAGAGACGAAAGUAGGUGACUUCGUUGGGGUCAUGUAAUGUAAUUAAUUAAAAGAGGCCGAUUUAGUAUUUUGUUGUUGGGAUUAUUCAUAUAUAAACUAUUAUGUGUUUUGUUAUACCUCCACAUGAUAAUAAGAACGCUAAUUCUUA